UGUGGCCAAAAUGCAGCAAAGAUAGUCAAGAACCCUGACGUCCGCAAGACCAUUCUUAAAGAGAUAAAAACACAACUUGAAGUUAAGGGACUACAGGAAGAAAUGGAGUUGGAUUUAGAUAUAGCAGAAGGAUUUUGGUGUGAGGGCUGUGAUAUAUGUGCAAAAGCUGAUGACCCCGACGUACCUCAGUGUGAGAGCGACAAUGUGCAGACUGCUAGCGGCCUAGUUCGGAAGGCCAGCCCUGACUGGAAGUUGGCUAUUCUACACAGCCCACAGGCACCGAAAAAAUCAGAGGUUGUUGCUGCGCAGUCCCAUGACGACAACGAAGCAUGUGCUCAGGUGAAGCCGGGCGACUGGGUCCUAAGGAAAGUGGCUCGUUUCGACUGGCGUAACCCCAGGUGGCAAGGACCCUUUAAGACAGACACUCGGCCCAUUUUUAAUCCAGUGAAGAAUUCCCAUACAUGUUUGGCCAUGAGGGGGCAGCACGGGGGAACAAAUGUUGGAGAACUGGAUGAGGCCUGGUUUGAUUGGGAUGGACGUUGUGCCGAAGUGUCACUGGUGUCUCCUGUUCGGUUUGUUAAUUUCACAGUCGAGGACUCGUUGGCUCAGCACGUGGAUGCGGACAAGCAGGUGGUAAAACUUAGACGGUUUAAACAUACGUUUGACCUUUAUGAUAACAGCCCGGAUUAUAUAGAUGUGAUUGCUGUUCCCAGAGGUGUCCCUACUGAGUUUAAAUUGAUUGAUCAAGUAGCUGCUGGUUUUGAAACAUUUUAUCAUGGAUUAUACUAAAUAAAAAUUAAUGUCCAGAGACUUAAUAAUUUGACUAGACUAGAGACUUGACUUUGACUAGAGACGCCCUGCAAAGUGCACACGAACAAUUAGCUGCCACCUCCCUCAUGGCCUAUCAAAAUAGAAUUGCGUUAGAUUUUAUCUUAGCCCAACAGAGUGUGGUGUGUUAGUUUUUCGGAGCUUCCUGUUGUACUUUCAUUCCGAGGCAUACAGAGUCUGAUGGGUCCUUCACAAAGGCCAUUAAAGUACUUAGAACAUUGUCUGAAGAGAUGGUCAGUCAUUCAGCUGCUUCCACCCAGGUAGAAGGAUGGUUUGCGAUGACAUUUGGUGGUUGGAAGAGUUUGUUGUCUGGAAUUUUGGUGCCGGUGGUCACAAUGGUCAUCGUUAUGACAUGUUGUUGUUUGUGUGGCUUGCCAUUCUUGAGGUUUCUGUGCAUAAAGAUCAUCUCCCAGGCAGUUAGAAGUACCUCCGAGCACCCUGCCAUGGCCUAUCAGACGACGCAGCAGGUGGAUCCUGGUUCACGCCCACCUCUCCAUUACCUUGAUGGCGAGGACGAUUGACCACAGGAGGACACGGCCCUUUCGUCUAGCUCCUAGCUGACAUUUUAAGUAAUUAAGGGUAAAACUGAUUUAGAAUCACACACGCAGUGGGCAUGAAUUUUUAGUUAAAUACCAAUCAAUACUUUUUGAUGAUGAUGAAUGUUAUAUCUUUUGUUCAUGAUGUGAUUGAGCUAAGGUUAAAACUUAAUACACUGGGAUGUAUUGUCUUACUUCAGCUUAUUUUAUGUAUGUUUUAUUGAUGGGGUGGAAUAAAUGAAUCAGUUUUUAACUUAAUCAGGGGUGGUGUGUUAGUUUUUUUCCAAAUUGUGCUGUUAUGCUAGAUUACUUACAAACACAUAUUGCCUUACUGCGUACAUAUAGGGUUUUUUGAUUAAUACUUUCCUUGGUAUUCACAUGACUGUUUUGUAAUGUGAAAAGAGGGAGUUGAAGGAAAUUAUUGGGGUUUAUGUUACUUAAUGAUUUAAUUACAUUACACAUAGUAUGGGUUGUUUUAUGAUAAAACUGUAAUGACUGUUAAAUGUGCCUUUUGAUGAACUUGAUGAUUAUAUAUUAAUAGGUAGAUGCCUGAUAACAAAUACAACACAUAUUGAACUUUUAAUCAUUAGGAUAGAUUUCUUUGUAAGAGGGCAAAGCUCUGACAAGGAUAGUCCCCCCCACCCCCACCCCCACUGAUAAUCAAUAUAGACGGAGCCAUGCCCUGAAGCUUUUGAUAAAAUCUUUUGGUAUUUCCUGAUUCUGCCUGAUUUUCCUUGUUGUCAUUAAACCGAACAUCAGCAGAG